AAAGCACAAGUAGAUUGAGCUGUUGGGGAAUAGUCAGCUCCGCGCCGAGAGCUCCGUGAGAAUCACCGGCGCGGCGGCGCUUUCCGGCGUAAUUGUUGCAGCAGCAGCAGCCACCACUUUCCUGAAGAUUUGGGUCCCAGGCGGGGGAAGGAGGGGAAGUCACGGCGGCGUCUCGGCGUCUCGCAGGUGAGUCGGCAGGAUGGCGCUGCGCGGCUGUUCUUCCUCCCUGCCCGUGACCUGUUCGGCGCUUUGCCUCGCCGAAGCGGCGGCGCGCCCCGCGGGCCUCUUCGUGCCGCGUGCGGCCACUCGCCCGCGCACCGCCGCGAGGAGGCUCGUGCUCGCCGGAUGCGCGCGGGAGGGCGACUCCAAGGCUGUUCAGUUGGUGCUCGGCGGCCGCGCGAGCGGCGACGCCGACUCCGACUCCAGCGACGACGAGGACGAGGACGACGACGGCCCGAUGGAGAUGACGGACGAGCAGAGGAGGACGCUGCGGAGGAAGAUACGGGAGAUGAUGGACCGGGUGCCCGAGACACGGGAGCUCACGGACCCGGCGGAGAGGAAGGCCAAGAUGCUGGAGCUGCUGACCAAGUACCAGCUCGUUGUCGAGGAGGAGGACCCAAACUGGCCGGAGGACGCUGACGAUGGCAAUGGGUUCAGCCUCGGCCAGUUUUUCGACAAGAUCACCAUCAAGGCCGAGAAGAAGAAUGAUGAUCAGGACGACGAUAAAGGGUAUCAAAGUGAGAAGGAGAUCGUUUGGGAGGACGACAAUUACAUCAAGCCAAUCAGGGAUGUCAAGACCGCGGACUGGGAUGACACUGUGUUCACGGACUUCGGUCCGUUGAUUGUGCUUGUUCAUAACAGAUACAAGAGACCUCAGGAAAAUGAAAUGGCAAGGGAUCAACUCGUCAAGGCGAUCGAGAUGUUUUGGGAAUACAAUCUGCCUUCACCCAGAUGCGUGGCUGUAGAUGCCUGUGCAGAACCUGACCUUGUGGAGGCCCUGAAUGUGUCUGGUUUCCCAGAGGUCCUCUUCACCAAUGCAGGGAAGAUAAUUCACCGUGACAAAGUUGUCCGAUCGGGGGAGGAAUGGUCAAGAAUGAUGGCAUUCUUCUACUACAAAGCAGUAAGGCCACCUUGCUUGAGCGAGGCAGAUGGUCAGGGUCAAGAAAAGGUCCCUCUUAUGUCAUAAGAAAGUGUGGAGGUGUAGCUUGUAGAACAUCAGUGUGCAUUGCUAGAAAUUUACAGUUAAUGCACAUUUUCAGAUUCUUAGAUGUCCUCACACAUACAUCCACUAGAAUGUUCUUGCGAUGGUGAAUUGCCAUCUCUAUCUGUUAGUGGCAUAGUAUAGUAUAUUCAUACUGCAACAAAUGUUCAUGUGUUGUAGGAAUAUGGUUUCUGAGAUAUAUGUUUGUGCAACAACAUGUUGACCUAGGUGUUUUGUGCUUA